AUGCAGAUACCCUCACACGCUUUUAAGAAAAGCGUGGCUCGGGUAAGCAUUACCUAUCAUCAGACGGCUCGCUCGCCCCUGACCCAGGAAGUACGACCGGAAGACGUCGUCGAUCCGAAGAAGCACAACAAGGACUGGAGGGAAAUGGAUGCGAACGACUACGAUGGCGACUAUAUUGCGAGCACCGAUCCGAUUCACCCUGUCAGUACCGACUACUCGCACCCGCUCGAUGACGACGAUGGAAGCUGGAUCUUCAAUCACUUUACACCAGAAGAGAUGGAACCCACGGCCGGAGAUUUAGACUUCGACCAGAAUGGUUGGAGCUGGGAAAGCAACGAUCACGUCAACGACAGCGACAGUGAGAAGGGCGGGAUGCCUAUGAUUGCUAAAUCUCCAGAAGAGAACACUACGUUACAGAUCGACGGUAACGAUCUGAUCGCAUGGGGGCCUGAAGCCUCAGCGUCAUCCACGCUUUCGAAAAUCAGCAUGGAUGGUCUCAGUAUGGAACAGAAACAUGCGAAGGAGCAGAAAGAACUCAUGAUCGACGCAUUCUGGGCAGUCGUCAAUGAGUCCACGGAGCCACAACGACAAUCAGACUCCGAAAUGGAGGAUCUGAACUUGAUACUUCGCAGCCUCGACAUCUCUCAGGAUACGCCAACCCCCUCAACCCCUUGCACACCGACCAAGUCGCCUCACAUGUGGGUAGAUGGUCCUUCGGACGCUCUUCAUACUCCACCAUCGACACCCACUCGACCUACAACACCACCAAGUCCCAACUCAACACGCACAGCCUACAACAAACAACGCAAGUUUCUCAAAAAGCGACUACAAGAAGAUGCUAAUAAGAACAAGUACUACAGUGACUUGCUCCUUAUUUCGCGGUGGGAGGCGAAAGCGUCCGAAGGACCAGAUGGGAGGUUUAUUGCUGAACCCCAGAUGGUGAGGGCAGGUGGUGGUGGUGGUGGUGGAGUAGGAGGCAACGGGUGGUUUCAAUAA